AUGUUACCAUGGAAACAAAUUGUCCUGCUAUCAAUCACUGGAUGCCUUGCAGCUUGCACAGAGGAUGUCAUCUUUCAGGGGCCAAGAUGGACGACUGAGCCAAGUGACCUCAUUUUACCAAUCAACUCACCAAACCGCCAGGCCGCAGUUACAUGUCAGGCGGAAGGCAGUCCUCCUCCACAUUAUAGAUCGUGUGUUUGGGAUCUGGCUCAGCAGCAGGAGAUAAUGGAUGCACAGGCGGUGGAGAGCAUCCGCUGCAGCGGGCGAUAUGUGUUCUUGUGUGCACGGAGAGCCGCCCUGUCAGCCUCUUCAGAGCAGCUGCACCUGAGCGCUCGUGUGUCGGGGAGAACAUCUGCGAUCGGAGACAAUGUUGUUGCCAGAACAAUGAGCACCGCGGCCCACAGCUGA